UAGUCUUUGUCCGAGAUCUUCCACCAUUCUUAUUAGGGUUACCGAAGGGAGGAGGAGAGGGGGCACGCAGGCGAAGGGGUGUUUCUCCAUAGUAACAAUGACAAAACAAGCCAGUUCCACACCAGGCAGGCAAAGGGUUGAUUGCAGCUGCUGAACAGAGGCACACAAACUUGUGCAGCGGGAUCCUGUUCACAUAGGGAAAGAAGGAAGAGCUGUACAGAGAGGAUCUGAAGGGGGAAACAACAGAUCUAGUGGAGUGAAGAGAAGAAAAAGAAGCAGAGGAGAUCGCUAAAAGUUUGAUGAGAGAGUUUAAACCAAGCCUGUCACAGAAAGUGCUGGGAGGCAACACGUGAGGGGGCGCCCACUCAUACCUGCCCACACAUUCACACCCUCAGAGCCGCACCUCCCAGCAUGGACCGAGACAGUCACAGUGAGGAUACUUUGUCCACCAUGGUUCUGGAGAACAUUAAGAACAAACUGAUUCACGCCUUCAGGGCGACAGGAGAAUCCAGAGAAGAUCCUCAAGAGUCUGGCACCACUGUCAGACCGGUCAGCAUCAGCAGGAGUUAUCAAGCUAACGAAGAGCUGCGGAGGGCACAGAUAGACGGAGCAAUAACCUGGCUGAGGUCUGAAUUGCUGGAGAUGCGGUCACAGGACCUCCAGCUGGCUCAGACUCUACUGGGGCUCAACACAGAGAUCCAAAGACUGAGGAGGGAGAGUUAUGGAGGUGUGGAGGUAGAGGGGGAUGAUCAGCAGUAAUCAACCCCAGUAGAGAACCCCUUCUCUGGGGAAGAUUUAAGGGCGAAUAGAGGAAGAACAAGUGGAAAAAUGCUCUUACUGGAACCCAUGGUGAACAAGUUAUUGCCACUAAUGCAACAAAAAAUUUGAGGGAUUAAAUAAUCUGACUGAACAAAUCACAUGAUUGGAUGUUUUUGCUUAUGAAUGUUUCAUUGUAAUAAAAUGUGUCACCGUAAAGAUAGACACCAGUUGCAUGUAAUCAGGGUAGGGGAAAAAGAAGGACACAAUGUGCUUUGUUUUGUGUGAUGCUGGCAAUUCUUUCUCUUAUUUUGCACUUAUGCAGAGAUGUGCUAAAGAAACCUGCUUGUACAUGUUUUGUUUCCUUUUUAUGUCAGAAAACAAGACAUAAUGAAUGUAAGAAUAAAUUAGAAAAUCAGCUCUGGCACAGUUUAAUGCUGACAUGUAUUUGGA